AUGAAUACAAUCAUUCCUGCUAAUCCACCUCUCAAGGGACCUAAGGAUCGACGUGUCACCAUGGAUAAAAGCGGCAUCAAUACCAAGGGAACCAAUAUCCAAGUAGUGCUUCGUUGCAAAGGCAUUCAUUCUCACAACUUACAACAACAAUCCGCUAAUUCAUCCCAAUCCAUCUUGGAAUUUAUGGAGGCCAUCAGUCAAUACAGCACGAGCCCUGAGCAACAAGAAUCAAGUCGGCCCAACAGCCACAACGACAACACUACAAAACCAGUAACUGAUGUAUUGCUCAACACAAACAAUACCAUCUAUAGCUUUGAUCGUGUAUUCAGACCUGAGGAAACACAGGCAGCAGUAUACAAGGAUGUAGCUGAACCCAUUCUCAAUGAUGUCUUGGCUGGCUACAGCUGCACUAUAUUUGCUUAUGGCCAAACGGGCACUGGUAAGACGUACACUAUGGAAGGUGAUUUGACUGAAGUAGAAGGAAGCUAUGGUAAAAACGCUGGCAUCAUCCCUCGUACCAUUCACGAUCUCUUUGAGAAAUUACCCAGCGAAAGUCAUGUCACCGUAUCCAUGCUGGAACUCUACAAUGAGGAGUUAAGAGACCUCUUGUCUGCUUCAGAUAAUCAAAAAUCACUGAGGAUAUUCGAGGAAAACGGAAGUGCCAAAGUUAAUUGUCAAGAGUAUCAUAUUUCAUCGGUAGCCCGUGGUAUCGAUAUCAUGAAGAUAGGUGUUCGCAAGAGAAUGACAGCUUCCACCAAUUGCAAUGAGCAAUCAAGCCGCUCCCAUUGUAUUUUUACGCUCAAUGUGCAUACCACCAAACAAACGGACAAAGGUGAGGCUGUGAUGAGCACUGGAAAAUUGAAUUUGGUAGAUCUCGCUGGAUCAGAGAACAACCGAAAUGCAGGCUCAGAGAACAUGCGUGCUCGUGAAGCAGCCAGUAUCAAUCGCAGUCUACUCACACUGGGUAGAGUCAUCAAUUCACUGGUCGAUAAAACGCCUCACAUCCCCUAUAGAGAAAGCAAACUUACACGUAUCCUGAAAGACUCGCUUGGAGGAAACACCAAAACAUGCAUUAUUGCUACUGUGGCACCGGCUACUCAAAACCAAGAGGAGAUCAGAAGCACACUAGAUUAUGCAAGCCAUGCCAAGGGUAUCUGCAAUCAACCUCGCACCAACAAUGUCAUAAACCGCGAACUCCAUCUCAAGUCGCUGGUGCACACCAUUGAACAACUCCAGGAUGAGUUACGCACCAAUUAUGAAAAGAACGGUGUUUACAUGACAAAGAGAAAUUAUGACCAAAAGAAUGCAGACUACUUGGAAUUGAAGAGUAAGCUGGAAGCAGCCGAGAAUACCAACAAGGCAUUGAUAGCAAUGAUGGAGAGCAAAGACAAGUUAUUGGAAGAAGAGAAGCGAAAGCGAAAGGACGAGGUCGAAGAAGAACGAGAAAGACGUAAAAAAGAAGUGGAAGAGGAGAAACAACGACGAAAGGAAGAUGUGGAUGAGGAAAGACGGCAGAGAAAGCAGGAAGCUGAAUCACAGCGCAACGAAUACCUCGACUUGCUUGUCAAGUACCGAGACGAGCAUAUGGCCGCUGCUGAAACGCAUUGGAAACAUUUCUUGAUGGAAGCUCAACAACAAACUGCAAAAGCACUCGCAAACGCAACGAAAUCUGUGACAUCUAAUUCAUCCACAGCAGCUGUAGUGCCUUCCAAUGCGACAAUCACUACAGCAACAACUCCCAAUGCAGCUCCUGUUUCCUUGUCUAAUACCAAUAUAGCAUUAUCAUCGUCCACAGCAACUACAUCAAAUUCAAAUCAAACUUCAACAGCGACGAUGCCUUCAUCUUCAAAUUCAUCUCUCCCCAACGCUGGCCUACCCAUUCUUACUAGGAAAAUUAUAAAUUCAUUCAAAACAAAGGCAGCUAGACCAUCUUCCAUUGCAUCCUCCUAUAUGGGUGCCACAGAUACAGCUGCCUCAAGCCGAAAGAUUGAAAAUGCGUACAAGCCCACAUCAACUCGAUCUAUAUCAGAUACAUUGCAUACCAAUGGCACACCAUCUGUUCGCAAGGGUCUCAAUUCCGUUAAAACAAUAGCAGCAAAUCGCACAUCAUCGUCCUCCAGUAUAUCCCCUGGUGCAGCAGACACAUCCAGCACAACGCGGCAUUCCUCCUUCAAUACAAGAGCAGUGAGACCAUCCCUUACAAAACAGAGCAUAAACCCAGCAAAUACACAAAUUAACAAACGAAAGUUGGACACUGAUCAUUAUAGCAGAAAAAGCAAAAAGCCCAGUAUUGCAAUGGCAUCUGUGAAAUCGAGGGUGCACACUACUCGAGACACCUAA